GCCGAGCGUUUCUUUCUUCUCACUAAACGCCAGGAACCGCGAGUCCAACUCCUCCGUCGUCUCACCGAGCGAAGGAUUGGCGACACAUGUUCCGGUUUCCGAGGAACCUCGACGAAAGCGCGGUGUCAGGAGAGGGGUUCCACGGCGUGACGCGACUCCGUGACGCGUGCCUGCUGAGCGUCACGGGGAGAUACCCCCCUCCGGGAGUAGCUCCCAGCUUCCUGGCUCAACUUAGCUUGCUGAGCCCCGCCUUCUGCCAAGACCACGUGGCUCCUCCGCUGAGGAGGAGGAGGAGGAAGAGAGGAGAAGGCCACACUGGGGCGUCCAGACGAGUCUCGGCUACAAGAAGGGCACGUCGCGAGCACCCAAGCAUCAUCCGCUGACAGCGACGACAACAGCCAGUGGGAGACCCCAAGCGAGCGCCUUUAACGCCGGGAAUUUCAAACGCGGAGGGAGAGCUCCCAGUCGAGGAAGGAUGGCGAGUCACGGGCGACGUCACAUGCACGAUCCCAACUCGGAGGCGUACAAAGCCUACAUGGCCGCCACCCUGGAGCGCAUGCGCAGAGAGUACGAGCGCCGCCGGCGUGAGGAGGCCGAGCGCAACGCCCGAGCACGAGGUACCAAGGCAAUUGAAGUGGACACUAUCGAGGCGUACCCCAAGGAGAAUGCCAAGCACCACCACACUGAGAUGUUUGAUGUGUUCGAGUCUGGAGAGCCUCCACUUGUGUUGCGAAGAGGCCAGUCUUUCUUCAUGGCAAUCCGCUUCAAGCGUGACUACAACCCGAUGACGGAUGAAGUCUACAUCGACUUCAGCAUCGGCCCGAACCCCGAACUCAGCAAGGGUACCUUCAUGAGUCUUCGCGUCCCUGCACAGAAGGGCGAGUUCCGCCUCGCACCCGCCAGCUGGGAAGUCCGGGUGACGCACCACGACCGCGCCGUACUCUCGAUCCAGGUGUUCGUACCUGCCGGUGUAAGCGUCGGAAGCUGGAAGUUGUCUGUGCUGGGACGAAGCAAGAACGAUCCUGAAGCCAAGUCCAAGUUUCGCCUCGACAAGGACGUCUACAUUCUCUUCAACCCUUGGUGCAAAGAGGACCUUGUCUACAUGGAGAACGAAGACUGGCGUCGGGAAUACGUCCUCGAUGACGUGGGCAAGAUCUACAUGGGCUCCUGGAAGCAGCCACAGGGUCGACGAUGGAUUUUUGGACAGUUCGGCGAGUUGGUGCUUCCGGCGUGCACACUUCUUCUGGAGAAGUCCAAGCUUACCUACGCCGCCAGGGCGAACCCAGUGAAAGUGGUGCGAGCCAUUUCUGCAAUGGUUAACAGUGCAGAUGAUGACGGACUCAUCACCGGAAACUGGUCGGGCAACUAUGACGACGGAACCGCACCAUGGAUGUGGACCGGAAGCAGCGCCAUCUUGGAGCAGUACGUCAAGACCGCAGGGGAGUCCGUAAAGUACGGACAAUGCUGGGUCUUCGCCGGAGUCUGCAACACAGUCUGCAGGGCCCUGGGUAUUCCGUCGCGCCCAGUGACGUGCUACGCAUCGGCGCACGACACAGACGAGAGCAUCACGAUCGAUCGUUACUUCGACAAGGAGGGCGAAGAACUCAAGAAGUACUCCAGAGACUCCAUAUGGAAUUUCCACGUCUGGAACGAGGUCUGGAUGGCUCGGAGAGAUCUCCCGCCGGGAUACGGCGGAUGGCAGGCUAUUGACGCUACCCCACAAGAAACGAGUGAUGGAUUCUACCAGGUUGGCCCCUGCUCCGUUGCUGCCGUGAAAAGGGGAGAAAUCGGCUACAUGUACGACUCGCCCUUCGUGUUCGCCGAGGUGAAUGCCGACAUCGUCCACUGGAAGGAGGACCCCAGCAGCACCUUUGGAUGGGAGAGAAGCAAGACCCUUACUUAUCACAUCGGACUUGGUGUACUAACGAAGAAGGCAAACAUGUCCGUCCAAGAAGGCAUGGAGGACGCCGAAGACAUCACAGCCUCCUACAAGUGCAAAGAAGGUUCCGAUGAAGAGCGCAUGGCGGUGCUGAACGCGGCUCGCAGCGGAGGCCUGUCGAUUCUAUUCGACCUGCCGAGUGCCCGGAACGAGGACGUGACCCUGAAACUGCAAGACAUCGAGAGCGUGAUGAUCGGCCAGCCAUUCAGCGUCACCGUGAGCAUGCGCAACGAAAGCAACGAACAGCGCACCGUCAGCGCAGUCCUGUCCGCCUCGUCCGUUUACUACACGGGCAUCAUUGCGCGCAAGAUCAAGCGAGACAAAGCCACGUUCGUGCUCCAGCCACAAGAUGAGGAGGUACUCUCGUUGACGGUGGAACCCAGGGAGUACUUGCACAAGCUGGUGGACUUUGCGAUGGUCAAGAUCUACGUGAUCGCCAAUGUGAAGGAAACGCGGCAGACCUGGUCCGAAGAAGACGAUUUCACCGUGACCAAGCCUCGUCUGAGCAUCGAGAUCGACGGAAACACGAAGGUCGGUCAACCCUUCCGAGCUACCAUGCGGUUCCAGAAUCCCUUGGACGUAGAGCUGCAGGACUGCACCCUCUCUGUGGAAGGUCCCGGGAUUACCAGCGCUCACGUUGUGCACCUCCCAAACGUCCCAGCCCAUGGGGAAUGGGUGCACCGAGAGACCCUGGUUCCAAAGCGAGCGGGGUCCCGGAACGUCGUGGCCAUCUUCAACUGCCGCGAGCUGUUCGACGUCGAGGGAUCCGUCGAGACCGUGGUGCAGGAGUGAGACAGCCACCGCUGCGCCGCGCCGUGUUCAGGAACAACUCUAACUUAUAUAUCGCCCUUCGGCAGCAACGCAACUUGGCAGGUUACGAAUUUCGCGACGCUUUUGCAAGCUCAUCGAUGGACUCUGUACCAAACAUAAUAAAUCUCCGUGUCGUUCGUUACAAAA